GAGCCCGGGUGCAGCCUAGAGACAGCCUCCCGCUCAGCCGCUCCGGGGACCGAGCUCUCGGCGGGGCCGGCAGCCGCCGCCGCCACUGCCCGUGGGUCCGCGGGGGCGGGAGGCGUUGGAGCGUGCCGCCGCCUCCUCUCUCUUCCUCCUCCUCCUCUUUCUCCCUCCUCCUUUUCCCCCUCCCCGCCGAGCCGGCAACAUGAACUGAAAUCCCUAGAGGAGCACAGAGGCGGCGAGCGAGCGAGCGGAGGCAAGCGGGGAUUUAGCGGCUCUGUCCUCCCGCCGCCGCCGGGCUCCGGGCACUGUGGUCCCGCCGCUCCGUUCCGCUCCGCACAGCUUUGUCCUUCGCCCGGAGAGUAGGCGGCUGCCCGAGCCCCGCACCCUAGAGCCCCCCAUGGCCCUCAUCAUGGAGCCCGUCAGUAAGUGGUCGCCGAGCCAAGUCGUCGACUGGAUGAAAGGUCUGGAUGAUUGCCUGCAGCAAUACAUAAAGAACUUUGAGAGAGAGAAGAUCAGUGGUGAUCAGCUCCUACGUAUUACUCAUCAAGAGCUGGAGGAUCUUGGAGUCACACGGAUUGGCCAUCAGGAGCUUAUCUUGGAAGCAGUGGACUUGCUCUGUGCACUGAACUAUGGUUUGGAAACAGAAAAUCUGAAAACCCUUUCUCACAAGCUGAAUGCAUCUGCCAAGAACCUGCAGAACUUCAUCACGGGGCGGCGGAGGAGCGGCCACUACGAUGGGAGGACCAGCCGCAAGUUGCCCAAUGAUUUUCUCACCUCUGUGGUGGAUCUGAUUGGAGCAGCUAAAAGUCUCCUGGCUUGGUUGGACAGAUCACCUUUUGCUGCUGUCACAGAUUACUCAGUAACAAGAAAUAAUGUCAUACAGCUCUGUCUGGAACUAACAACAAUAGUACAACAGGAUUGCACAGUAUAUGAAACAGAGAAUAAAAUUCUUCAUGUGUGUAAAACUCUUUCGGGUGUCUGUGACCACAUUAUCUCCCUCUCUUCUGAUCCACUGGUUUCCCAGUCUGCCCACCUUGAAGUGAUCCAGCUGACCAACAUCAAGCCAAGUGAAGGGCUGGGUAUGUACAUUAAAUCAACAUAUGAUGGUCUCCAUGUAAUUACUGGAACAACAGAAAAUUCACCUGCAGAUCGGUGCAAGAAAAUCCAUGCUGGGGAUGAAGUGAUUCAAGUUAAUCACCAAACUGUGGUGGGGUGGCAGUUGAAAAAUUUGGUGAAUGCACUACGAGAGGACCCGAGUGGUGUUAUCUUAACUUUGAAAAAGCGACCUCAGAGCAUGCUUACCUCAGCACCAGCUUUACUGAAAAAUAUGAGAUGGAAGCCCCUUGCUCUGCAGCCUCUCAUUCCCAGAAGCCCCACGAGCAGCGUGGCUACGCCGUCCAGCACCAUCAGCACACCUACAAAAAGAGACAGCUCUGCUCUUCAGGAUCUCUACAUCCCCCCUCCUCCAACAGAGCCUUAUGUUCCAAGGGAUGAAAAAGGCAAUCUCCCUUGUGAUGAUGUUGGCAGACACAUCGUGGGCAAGCCAGUUCACACCGGAUCCGAAUCUCCAAACUCCUUUCUCGACCAGGAGUAUCGGAAACGCUUCAAUGUGGUCGAAGAAGAUGCAGUUUUGUACUGCUAUGAGUAUGAGAAAGGAAGAACAGGUGGUCCUGGAAGGAGAGAGAGCACACCAACAUAUGGGAAACUGAGGCCUAUUUCUAUGCCAGUAGAAUAUAACUGGGUGGGGGAUUAUGAAGAUCCCAAUAAAAUAAAAAGAGAGAGUAGGAGAGAAAAUUCAUUGCUGCGCUACAUGAGCAAUGAGAAAAUAGGUCAAGAAGAUUACAUGUUCCAAAGGAACAGCAAAAAGGACACUGGGAAGAAGUCCAAGAAGAAGGGAGACAAGAGCAGUAGUCCAAGUCAUUACUCACUGUUGCCUAGUUUACAAAUGGACUCGUUGAGACAAGAUGUCAUGGGCACCCCUGGACCAGAAACUGCUUUGUAUCAUACAUUUCAGCAGUCUUCUCUACAGCAGAAGAGUAAAAAGAAGAACAAAGCUCCCAUUCCAGGUAAAAGCAAAAGGAGGAUCUCGUGUAAAGAUCUUGGCCGAGGGGACUGUGAAGGCUGGCUCUGGAAGAAGAAAGAUGCCAAGAGUUAUUUCUCACAGAAAUGGAAAAAAUACUGGUUUGUCCUGAAGGAUACAUCUCUCUAUUGGUACAUUAAUGAAGAGGAUGAAAAAGCAGAAGGCUUCAUCAGUCUACCUGAAUUUAAAAUCGACAGAGCCAGUGAAUGCCGCAAGAAAUAUGCAUUCAAAGCCUGCCACCCUAAGAUCAAAAGCUUUUAUUUUGCUGCUGAACACCUAGAUGACAUGAACAGAUGGCUAAACAGAAUUAACAUGCUGGCUGCUGGCUAUGCAGAAAGAGAGAGGAUCAAACAAGAGCAAGACUACUGGAGCGAGAGUGAUAAGGAGGAAGCUGACACUCCAUCAACACCCAAACAAGACAGCCCACCACCCCCAUACGACACAUACCCACGGCCUCCUUCGAUGAGCUGCACAAGCCCUUACGUGGAGCCCAAGCACAGCCGGCUGUCGUCCACGGAGACCUCACAGUCACAGUCGUCGCACGAAGAGUUCCGCCCAGAGGCGGUGGGCAGUGCCGCCGAGUCACCGGUGCGCAAGACCGCCAGCCAGAGGCGCUCCUGGCAGGACCUCAUCGAGACCCCCCUCACCAGCUCGGGACUCCACUACCUGCAGACCCUGCCGCUGGAGGACUCGGUCUUCUCCGAGGUGGCCGUGGUCUCCCCCGAGCACCGGCGGCAGUCCACCUUGCCCACCCAGAAGUGCCACCUGCAGGAUCACUACGGCCCCUUCCCGCUGGCGGAGGGCGAGAGGGUGCCGGUGCUGAACGGCAACGGGGGCAAGCCCCGGAGCUUCACUCUGCCUCGGGACAGCGGCUUCAACCACUGCUGCCAGAGCCUUCCUGUCGGGUCUGUGGACCACCACGAAGAAGCACAGCAGAAGGAAGUGGAGGAGGAGGAGGAAGAAGGAAGCAAAGCAGCAGAAGAAAGCCAGGAAGAUAAAAGCUAAUACACUGCCAGAGUUGGUAGCACCUCUCCAUGUCCCAUGGGAUCCACUUCUCUUGGCACUGAACCUGAUCGGACUCAGAGGUUGAUAAACUUUUCCUUAGAGAAUUGGCACGACGGAGACUCAACUGCAGCCUCUUGCCGGCGACCCUAAUGGCCUCCGUUCAGAAAAGUCAGUUCUUCUUGAAGUAACUUUGAUGUUUUUAAACAGAGAACAGACCUGUUAAAGCCUAGACAACCACAUGCCUGGAUGUGAGGCCUCCAGGAAGGUGUCAAAGGGCAUGGCCAGUAUUUUGAAGAAUGCACCCUUUCCACAAUGGGACUUUAGGCACAAAGGCAGAUCCGGUCUCCACGGAGCACACUGGCAGAGAACACUGCCCCUGCAUGGGAGGACGGAAGGGGAAGAGGGUCUUGGCAGGGGAAGGGCUUUGCUGUCACUCAGUUUUGUCCUGCAGACCUCGAGGAAUUAAAGAGGGAUCCAGCCAUGGUAACUAUAAAAUCCUGUUGCUUAUGCUGAACUCCAGUGAACCCGUUCAGGCCAACCAGGCAGAGUUGUGUCUUGCGAGCGUGCUUCACGUUAGUGAAGGAAGCCACCUUGCCGUGUCAUGCUAAACCUUAAGCGUGUUCUGUCACGUGGAGGUACCUACAGACCUUGCAGAGACUUCCAUUUAUCUAAAGCUGUGUUAAGGAAUGACCAGAGGGUUGCACUGGCACUCGUUUGGAGGAGGAGGAGGAUGAUGACGGAGAAGAUACCUCACGCUGAGAUUUCUUAGACUCUGCCGAUAAAACUCUUCAGUUCCUCUUUUACCUUCUAGGACUUAAACCGUGGGAGUGAUGCUGCCUGGCCGAGCAGGCACAAAGUAUUCUCUUGUGUCACGCUCAGAGGGCUGGCUUUGGGGGGCCCAGGAUUUGUCUGGAUGUCACUCAACACAGUAGAUUCAGAUGUUUGUUAUUUAUCCUUAUGUUCCGGGUCCCCCCUUUCGGGGUUGAUGUUUGCCUCCUAUCUCUGUGGUUAGAAUGUGGAUUAUUUGAUUUCUUAUUUUAUUUUUUUCCCCUUUCCCUUCAUAUAUUUGGCUAAGGGUGUAUUGUAAUAAUUGUUAAUGCUGAUUGACUUGAUAUUUCCUACUAUCUUAUGGGGGAGAUCAUUUUAAAAGGACAAAAAAAAAAAAAGAAAUCAUGUAUUUUGAAAUGGGUUUGGGGUUUUGGUUUGGGGUUUGGUUUUUUCCCCCCCCCCUUUCUGUUUGCUCAAUGUAAGGUAUUGCAUUCUGUUAAUACCAAUAAAAUUAUAUAUAGAGAAAGAAAGAUAUAUAUAUA